ACCCGGGUUUGAUUAACUAGUAUUAGAACAAAAAACCCUUGCUUUUUCUUAUCAUUUGCUUUCUUUUCUUAUCUAAAAAAAUUUAAGAAUAGAGAAACUUAAACUUUUCCAAUCCUUUUUUAUCUUAUCCGAUCAAAAAUAAACCGAAGAAUGGAGUGUAAGUCACACACAGUUGCGUUUUAGGCUGCGAAUAGUAAAAUCUUGUUCAUAUAGAAGUUUAAAUAAUAGAAAUGGCAAUAGAGGAUGAAUUUAUACACAUGGGAUAGUUUAUUUAUUUACAUGAAAGCUAGUGCAGUCUCUUCUAUAUAAAGAAAGUUUCAAAAAGAUCCCAAUCCCCAACUCUAAACAGUCGCCGGAAAAAGUUGCCUAAUUUAACAUAUGGUCCAUGGGGAAUAGUAGCCUUUGCUUCUCUUCCAAAUUUACUCAUUAAAGGAACAAAAAAAAAAGCAUAUCAGACUACUUGCAACAUCAAGUCAAGUAACUAAUAUAUACUCUCCUAUAUUAACUUGCUUCAUUUGCAUACCAUAUCACAAAAAAAAAAAAAAAGUACAUACCCGAAAUCAUGGCUGAAGUUCAGGUCGUGCAAGCACUUUUAUUCGGUGAUCAUGAAGCCAAGGUUGUGGCUGCUGAGACGGUUAUACAUCUCACGAACAAGCAGAGACAGAGAUUGGUUGAUAAUGGAGCCAUUCCUCCUAUUGUCUCCAUGCUUCAUGCCUCUCGAGAUUUAAAAUCCGUAGAGUCUGCAAUUUUUGCUCUGCUCAGUCUUGCAUAUGGCAGUGAAAGAAACAAGAUUUGGAUUGCAAAGUCAGGAGCAAUUCCUCUACUUUUAAACAUCAUACAAUCUGAAAUCCAUCCAUUGGUGGAUCAUGCAAUAGCAGCACUUUUGGUCUUAUCAUCAUGCUCAGCAAACAAACCAUCAAUGGCAGACUCGGGUGCCAUUCAAGUUCUAAAUGAAACACUUCUUAAAAACAAUAACACCCAAGUAAACCUCGAUAUCAUAGUCACUCUCCAUAACCUAUCACCGUGGAUUCCCACCGCUCUCUUAUCAUAUACAUCAUCUUGUUUAAUCCAUCUCAUUAACGAGUCUGAAAAAUCAUCAAAAUUAGUUGAAAAAUCAAUGGGUUUACUUGAAAACAUUGUUUCUGUAUCGGAUGUUGCCCUGAGAGAGAUCGGUUUGACCAAUGUCGGGAUUCAGGAACUUGUCGAGACUAUAGAAGAAGGUUCAAAGCAGUCUAAGGAGUAUGCAGUUGGGAUACUGUUAAUGAUAUGCGAGAGUGGUAAGGAAAAAUACAGGGGGAUGAUUUUAAGAGAAGGGGCGAUUCCUGGAUUACUAGAGCUUAGUAUUGAUGGAACAAAACGAGCUAAAGGAAAAGCAAAAUCACUGCUUCGGCUUUUGAGGGAUUGUUCAGGUAACUGUAGAAGUGAAAGAUCAAAGAAUGUGGUUUUCGAGCAGGUAAUGGGGGAGAUUGAUAGAGGUGAAAUGGGAGAAAUGGAGCUUGGAAUGAUGGAGGAGAUGAUUGCUAGGCUUACUACAUGAUGAAUCUUCUUAUGUAGGAAAAAACAAGUUCACAAUGUUUGUGAUGUAUAUAUAUUAUCCAUUUCAUGUAUGGAAUUAAAUUCCAGCUGAUUAUAGUUAGAAGAGUAAUUUCAAGACGACAUUUUAACAAGUUAAAUAAAUAUGUAUGAAGAACUCUACGCUAAACAACGGUCGAAAGGGUUCAAACUGACUUGCUAAAGGUCUACAAACUUCUUAUUUUCCAUUUUUCUAUCAUAAUGACGUUAAAUCGUUUUUGUUA